UACUUACUGGGUUUUCAAAACGUGAAAUACAAUCACACCAUACAAUGAGGUUUGCAGUUAUGCAUACAGCCUGUUUAAAACUUUAUUUAAUCCAGUACAGUGCAUGUUUUACUUUUCAUGUUCGGUGAAUAAUAAAAGUAAAACUACUAGGGAUGUAACGAUAUCUACAGCUCACGGUUUGGUUAUAUCACGGUAUUAAUGUCACGGUUUGAUAAUUAUUGUGAUAUUGUGAGAAAGCUCACAAGUGGAGCCAAGACGCGAACGGGAUGCUUCGGCAGCAGCACGAGGAGAGCCGACUCAUGCGCCUUCCUGGUGGCAGCAGCCGCAAACCAGGAUGAGGGCUUCAAAAAGCGUUCCACUGGCAGCUGAUCCUGGCCCGUGAGUCUGCGUGUGCUGGGACGCCGGCGCGAACAACAAGACGUCUCUGGCCCACGAUUGAGAAGCAACACUGACAGGCGAAGUAACAAUGAGCACAUAUUUUUAGACAUGGAGGAGAAGUUGACCAAGUACUUACCCAAAGAAUGGAAGCAAGAGUCUGGAAAGGGUUUAGAGAAGAGAGCCUUUCCUUUAGUGCUCUGCGUUAAAGUGCAGUACUAUGUUGAAAAUGGCAGACUUAUUAGUGAACGCAAGGCACGCCAUCUGUACUACUCUGACCUGCGCGAGCGGGUGUUGCGCUCGGAAUGCCGUCAACAGGAGGAGGUGUACUUCCAGCUAGCAGGUUACGCCAUGCAGGCGGACCUCGGUGACCACCAGCUGCUUAGGGAGGGGGAAGAGAGUUCCCCUUACUUCCAACCUAAGGAGUACUUUCCUCCAUGGAUAAUAGCGAAGCGGGGACUGAACUAUCUCCUCUGCCAUGGCCCCAAAGUGCACCAGGACCUGUGGGGCAUGUCAGCUCGUGAUGCCAUCCUCCUCUUCAUCAGAGAGUCAUGUCGACUGGAGGAUGUACCAGUCAGAUUUUACAGACUGCAAAAGGACAAGAAGCAAGAGAGGGGAACGGCGGUACUCGGCCUGACCCUGAGAGGAAUGCAGGUUUAUCAGGAGGCAAACAACAUCAGACAGCUGCUGUAUGACUUCCCCUGGUCCAAUGUGGGACGACUCACCUUCCUGGGAAAGAAAUUUGAGAUCCAACCGGAUGGUUUGCCAUCAGCCAGGAAGCUUGUUUACUACACGGGAUCGUCAUUCCGCUCUCGACACCUCCUCUUGCACCUGAGCCGCAGUCAUCGCAUCUACCUCAGCCUCCAGCCUGCCCUCAAGCACCUCCGCCAGCUGGAGGAUAGCGAAGAAAAAAAACGUUACAGAGAGUCUUACAUCAGUGAUGAUCUGGACUUGGACCCACCAGGCAGCGAGAGCAGCCCGGGUUUGUCCCGUAUCUCCACCAGCAGCUCAGGCAUAGAAGCUGACGCCCGCCAACACAGCAUCUCCACAGAGAUCACCUCCAUGGAGGAGGAAUCAGAACGGAAAGCAGAGAAGUGUUCCUGCUCCACAGCCAGCCAAGUCAGCUCCUCUACGUCUGGCAUCGGCAGCGGCAGGAAAGCUCAUACGAAGGAUCAGGUGUGGCAAGAGGAAGAAAUGAAGGCCGAUGUAAGACAGGAAGUUCUAGCGGAUUAUCCAGCUGAAAUGUUCCAGCUGGCUGAUCUUCUCGAUGGUGUGUCCGUGGAUUGCACACUCUCCUCAGAGACAAAAUCGCCAGAGAACAAAGUGUGGCUCUCAGACAACAAUGAACAUCUCCUAAAUGUCGCUAGCACAAGUAUACAGGAUGUGGAAACUAGAUCGCAUGCUUGUGUGGACCGGCACAGCCACAGCCUUGACGAUGUUAGUUUGUUCCCACCUCAGGCACCCCUGGGGACCACACUGCCAGCGGAUUCCUCACACAGCUACACUUUCGGCCUCUCAGACACCUCAGCAGACACAAAGACGCCUGUUGUUCCCGACUAUUACCCUUUCUUGCACUGCCAAGCCAAACCUUCCUUCUACGGUCGCAGGUCUACCAACUGCCUGUCACUGGACCUGCUAGCAGACGAACAGUUCCUGGAGUUCAUUCUGUGAACAAACACAGAGGUCCUCAUAUUUGCCUCAUUUGUGUGAUGAAGGUUGUCUACAGAAUCUGUUUGUUUUUAAUGUGGCCUAGGUGACAAGUGGAGACCUUAUUUUUGUGUGUUUAUUUUCCUCCUACAAUUCUGUGGAGGAGGUCCCAGUUUGUUUUACCAGAAACAUUUCUUUGUCAGUGACAUAUUUAUUGAUUUUUCUAUGUUUUGUACAUACUACUUGCAUUUCAUGACAUUUCAGCUUAUCCAUGCAAAGAUAUUUGAUCAAGGCAAAUGUAUUUUGUUUUGUGUGCCAGCAAUUUCUUGAAAGGUUAUUAAGGGCAAAAUACGUUUUUGUUAUACUCACUUGGAUAUUCAUCAGAUGGAAUCUCCAUUAAUCUGUUAACUGUAAGAAUAUUUAAAAUGAUCUUGUUAUAUGCCGAAAACAUUCAUAACCACAGUGCCAAUGAUAAUUUUCCUCAGUAUCUUGUUUUCUUUUUUUUUUUUUUUUAUAUUUUACACUAUUUUUCUACAGUGUGCUUGGUCAUCCCUUUCCUAUUAUUCUGCCUCAGCAAAUGUAGCUACUGGUGUGGAAAAUGAAACUUCUUUACAGCUUGUAAACCAUUCAUCCAAAGUGUCCACAUGCUUAAACUCUUUUACUAUUUUCAUAAUUACAACAGAACUAUUUGGAAAGUUCUACUUCUGUAAUUGUGACAUUUAUAAUCAAUCUGCAGUAUUUUUCUAUUAUGUAACCUCCAAACAAAGAGCCUUUCUGUCAAGCUAUAUUUCCCCCAGAGAUAUUUUCACUGUUUUGUAAAUGCUAAUUAGUAUGCAAAAGAAGAACUUAAACCAGCAUGAGCUCACUGAGAAGGAAUGCCAGUGAUUAAACACUUUAACUCAAUUCUGAUAAUGUGUUACCAACCUGCAGGUUAUGACCAAUGCGCUUGCAUUUUUAUCUAAAGCACAGUUUUUUAUUAUUAUUGAAAAAAUAAAUUUUACUCUGUGAAAUGUUCUAUAAUAUGAUGCACAUGGAGGCAGAGUAUACUGUAUAAACAGAAGAAUGCACAUUCCUGUAGCUGGCCUUUAAUCUUUUUCACGAGACUUGUUGACCUACUGACCUAACUGGGAUACCAUCCUUAUCCCUCGUGGACUGCUUUGGUCAUGUGACAGCUGUAAUAAUGGGAGAGGUCUGCCUGGAAGCUUUUUCUUCCAGACGGUCUUCCUGGGAGAGAACUUUCCAGAUAAGCUUUUGUUAUUAAAUACCCACACUGUUGAUUAGUUCUCAAGUUCUUUCAGAUAAAUUACGAAGACUGAUACAUUAUACACUGCUCACAAAAUGUUAGCGAUACAUGACUUGCAGUUGAAAUUUCAAGGUGAACCUAAAAUGCACGAUAACCUUUACAGGUAAACUUAAUUAGACCUCUAAACAUUUGCAUACAUGUUUCCAGUUGUUCAGUGUUUAGUGCUUUUCGCACAACUUGAUGAAUAAUAUUUUGUAUUUAAACAGUCCUUUUCAUUGUGCAGUUUAUAUUUUGACAACAUGAGACCAAGACAACGCCUAACAAUUGAUCAACAGUACCUUGACAUUGUGAAGUUUCCAACAGGAUGCUCUCACAGGGGAUUAGCCACUGAAUUUAUAGUGUCACAGUGUGAUAAGCAGAUUUAAACAGAGACUGCAAGAGUCACAGAAAGGCAGAGAAGUGGAUGUCCUCAGAAAUGUAUUAACCGAUUCAUGAAUUAAAAAUCUAUUGGGAUUUUACCAAUAAAUUGGUAGAGAACAGCAAGUUGUGCAAAAAGUACUGAAACAUUGAACAGUUAGACAUUUGCAUUCAUUCGAUGGUUUAGAGAAGGUCAAAUUAAGUUUGUCUGUAAAGGUUAUAGUGUAUUUUAGGUGCCUUCUCAAAUUUGAGCCAAAAGCCAUAUCUCUUAACAUUUUGUGAAAAAUAUCAGUAUGAUGCGGUGUACAC